CGAUUACUACUACAUUUAUGAUGAAAGAUUAAAUAAAUAAGGAAGCAGUUGACAAUUAUAUCUAAUUGAUUACACACGUUUCAUUAAUCUAAAUCUACAGGAUUAUGUACUGAAAUGUGUCUUUUGGCAAAGGAAAAACAUUGAUAAGACCAAAAAAUAACGUGGUAUUUACCUGUGUACACUACAUACACAUCCUUACCAGAGCUAACUUGGCUGCUUCAUCCAUUAUCUUCGUAGGCGUGUAACCUUUACGAAAUGGAUUUAGGGCUCUCAAAAAGUGAAAAGUCCAAUCCAAGACAAGGCGCAAAUAUUUUUUCGAUUUUAACGAUAUGGUACAGCAUCCCGACAUUUAUUGCGGGUUACAAAAAGGAUCUCGAAGUAUCCGAUUUGUACAAAACCUACACGGGCCAUCAGUCAAAGUUACUGGGUGACCAAAUCGAGAAGGUGUGGCAGGAAGAGCUGCGACGAAAAAAACCUUCCCUAAGACGUGUGCUGUUUAAAAUCUAUGGGGUCAGCUAUUUACUGGCGGGGUUAAUUCUUCUGACAGUUGAAGUUAUUUUAAGGUUAUCAGAACCUUUACUUUUGGGCGAAGUUAUAGCACAUUUCACUACAGAACAGACCAGUGAUUCUCAAAACGUGGCAUACGGAUAUGCUGGUGGUAUGGUGGCUUGUGCUGUGUUAAGAAGUCUACUAUCUGCGCCCUAUCAAAUGGCGGUAUCGCACAUAGGUAUGAAGAUGAGAGUGGCCUGCUGUUCCUUAAUUUAUAGGAAGGCACUGAGAUUAAGCCAAACCGCAUUAUGUGGGACGACAAUUGGGCAAAUGGUCAAUUUAUUAUCGAAUGAUGUCAACAGAUUUGAUUUUGCAGCAUUAUUCGCUCAACUUCUUUGGGUCGCUCCAAUUCAGCUUGCGGUUGCUGUAUACUUCAUGCACAGCAUUGCAGGACCGCCGGCGAUAUAUGGUGCUUGUGUAUCCCUAGCCUUAGUUGCAGUACAAUAUGGCGUAGCAAAGCUGGUAGCGAAAUUCCGAUGCAAAACCGCACUCAAAACUGAUGAAAGGAUUCGUUUGACAAAUGAAGUCAUCUACGGCAUCCAAGUAAUCAAAAUGUACGCUUGGGAAAAGCCAUUAGCAAAGUUUAUUUCCUUCGUGCGGAGAAAUGAAAUUCGAUUCAUACGACGAAAUCUUUAUCUUCGUGGCAUAAUGGCGUCAUUUUUUUUAUUCUCCUCAAAGCUGAGCCUAUUUAUUGCAAUUUUAACUACGGUGCUUUCAGGAGAAGCUAUUACCGCGAAGAAGGUUUUCGUUUUAUACGCAUACUAUGACCUGUUACGUAUGACUAUUCAUUACUCCUUUCAAGUGGCUGUCAUGCGAGUGGUGGAGUGUAAUGUGUCCAUUAAGCGUUUACACAAUUUCCUAAUGCUUGGAGAAAAAUCGACUACGGAUAGUGUUUCUACAGAUAGUGACAAGAAGUACUCAAUUAAAGUUGAUCAUGUUGUCGCUAAAUGGGAUGCCGCUGCUACCAGCAGUAUACUUAACAAUAUCAGUAUUUGCAUCAAACCAAAAUCGGUUAACGCCAUCAUUGGUCCCGUUGGAAGUGGAAAGAGCAGCUUACUGCAAGUCAUUCUGAAAGAACUUCCUUUCAGCGAGGGCAAAUUGGCAGUGAAUGGCACCAUAAGUUACGCAUCCCAGGAACCCUGGAUAUUUAUCGGAACUGUUCGUCAAAACAUAAUUUUUAACAAACCGUUCGAUAGCGACCGGUUCUCAAAGGUGAUUGCAAACUGCUCACUAAAAAGGGACCUGGCACUUCUCCCGGAUGGAGAUAUGACUUUAGUUGGUGAACGAGGAGUAUCACUAAGCGGAGGCCAACGUGCGAGAAUAAACCUAGCCCGUGCAGUUUACCAGGAAGCGGAUAUUUAUUUGUUGGAUGAUCCACUUUCGGCGGUCGAUACUCACGUUGGAAGACAGUUAUUGGACGAUUGCAUUAUUACGUUCUUGAAAGAGAAAACUGUUGUCUUAGUCACACACCAGUUGCACUUUUUGAAGGAUUUCGACCAGAUUUUCGUAUUAGGCGAUGGAACAGUCAAAGCCCACGGAAGGUUUGAUGAACUGCAAGAGUCCACUUCGGAUUUUGCUAAACUUUUAAAUAUUGAAAAUGAAACAGAUACUGAAGUUCAACGUAUCCGUACUAAGAGCGAAUCUGAUUCAAAUUCAUUAUUGGAGAAUACUAACGUCAGUUUGGAAAAUAUUAACAAGGAGGACCAAGUUAAAGGCAAGCUCUCUUUCGACGUUUAUAAAUCCUACUUUAACAUCGGAACGCAUUGGUUGCCAAUUCUUUGUGUGUUCUGUUUGUUUUUCGUUACACAACUUGUGUACAGCUUCUCAGACGUUUUCAUUUCGCUAUGGGCAACCGUAGAAGAAAAUCGCUACAAGGCAGACCCUACUGGGUUUUGGAAUUUUUCCACCGAAACCUGGAUGUACAUAUAUAUUGGAACCAUCACAUCUUUGGUAUUGGUAACAAUACCACGAUCUUCUUCGUUCUUUAUCGUUUGCAUGAAUUCGUCACUGCAACUGCAUAAUCAGAUGCUUUCAAAUGUUCUUCAAGCCACAAUGCGGUUUUUCAGUACUACUCCAUCGGGAAGGAUUCUAAAUAGAUUUUCAAAGGAUAUGGGUCUUGUGGAUGAAAUGCUACCGGUAGCAAUGUUGGAUACUCUACAAAUAUUUCUCAUCUUAGUUGGCGUUAUUAUAUUAAAUGCCACCGUUAACGUUUGGUUUUUGAUACCCGCAGUAAUAAUGGCGUGCUUGUUUUACGCGAUGAGAACAUUUUAUAUGGCUACCAGUCGGAGUGUGAAACGUUUGGAAGGCUUAACAAGAAGUCCUGUAUUUACGCAUUUAAAUGCGUCUCUACAAGGGUUGAGUACUAUUCGAGCUUUUGGAGCGGAAUCUGUCCUUAUGGACGAAUUUGACACCCAUCAAGAUGUACAUAGUUCCGCGUGGUUUAUCUUCCUAUCAACAACUCGCGCGUUUGGCUAUUGCCUAGAUCUAAUCUGCGCGUUGUAUACCACACUAAUUACGUUUAGCUUCUUCGCGUUCGAAAAUUCUACCAAUGGAGGAGACGUUGGUUUGGUGGUUACUCAAUGUUUGAGCGUUAUUGGAUUGCUGCAGUGGGGUGCUUGGCAAUCUGCCGAAGUUGAAAAUCACAUGACUUCCGUAGAACGUAUACUUCAGUACAACAACAUUGAACAGGAAGGAACGAAUCGAACCACAGAGCCACCCGACUCGUGGCCUCAGGAAGGGGAGCUUGAAUUCGUCAAACUCUCCUUACAUUACGUUCCAGAAGAUCCUCCCGUCCUCAAAGAUCUGAGCUUCAUCAUAAAAGCACGAGAAAAGAUUGGAAUAGUCGGUAGAACCGGCGCUGGGAAAUCCUCUAUAAUCAACGCACUGUUUCAACUGUCCAACACAAAGGGAUCAAUUUUAAUUGAUGGAAUCGACAUCACCGAUAUCAAAUUGUGGAACUUACGAUCAAAAAUAUCAAUUAUACCUCAAGAACCUGUGCUUUUCUCAGGUACAUUGCGAAAAAAUCUUGAUCCGUUUAAUGAGUUUUUAGACGAAAACCUAUGGAAGGCACUUGAAGACGUAGAGUUAAAACAUCUAGUUAAAGAGCUUAGCUUAGGCUUAAAUUCAAUGGUGCUUGAGGGAGGUUCAAAUUUUAGCAUUGGUCAGCGACAACUCAUCUGCUUAGCACGCGCCAUUCUACGAAACAACAAGUUGUUAGUAUUGGACGAAGCCACCGCAAACAUUGAUCCUCAAACUGACGCGCAUAUUCAAAACACAAUUAGGGAAAAGUUUGCCCAGUGCACUGUCCUCACUGUGGCGCACCGUUUGAACACAAUUUUAGACUCCGAUAAAGUGCUCGUAAUGGACGCCGGUACCAUCGUUGAAUUCGAUCAUCCUUAUCAUUUGUUGCAAAAUACCAAUGGCAUAUUCCACGGCAUGGUUAUGCAAACGGGGCCGGCGAUGGCUCAGACAAUUACCAACAUUAUUAAAGAGAACUAUCACAACUACAACACCAGUCAUUUACCAGAAGAUAGACGAAUUUAGAAUUAGUAGGUAUAUUAUACAGUGUUUCGUGUAGUAGCCGAGAUUGUAAGCAAUAAAUUUAGUGUUA